AUGGGUGUCACACGAACAAAGACCAUUAAGAACAAGCACGCCGGUCCCCCCGGUGGCGCAAAGUCUUCCAAACGCUCCUCUGGCCCCGAAGGAAGCGGCUUCAGCAAGCCCAAGUCCAAGAAGCCUAAUGGCACCCCUCCGUCCAAGCAGGUCAAGGAUAAGGGUCGCGAGGCGCUCCUGCAGAAGUUCAAGAACCCCAAGAAGAAGAAGUAUACCGAUGAGCAGCUGGGAAUUCCUGAGCUCAAUACAGUCACCCCUGUUGGUGUUGUGAAGCCCCGGGGCAAGAAGAAGGGCAAGGUUUUUGCCGAUGAUCAGGAGAGCAUGACCACUAUCAUGGCUCUUGUCCAAGCUGAGAAGGACGGCCAAAUCGAGUCCAAGAUGAUCAAGCAACGCCAGAUGGAGGAGAUUCGCGAAGCGCGCAAGGUCGAGGCCGAGAAGAAGGACCAAGAGAGGAAGACCAAGCUUGAGGACACCAAGAACUCCCUCCGAAAGACGAGAAAGCGCAAGAGCUUCGGUGACGAGGAGGAGAACAUCAAGGACUUCACCACGGGGGGCACCAAGGGAGCCAAGGGCAAGGGCAAGAAGAGGGUGUCAUUUGCUUAA